UAAAUAAACAAAAUGCAUGACAGUUGACCUGAGGAAGUUGUAUUUCAUUUGGAAAAGGUUAAAUAAAAUACAGCUGCUGGGAUGGAUAUCUUUUAUUUUGAAAACGGAAGUGGGUGUUUUAUUGUGAUAGGUCGUUCUAAUCAAAGGAGAGCUUGUCGUUAGCUUUGUGGCUAGGUUGGCAGUCGGUUGUUUUGCUGAUAGCCGCCCGGGGUUCUCAGUCGUCGCCACCGCACAGUCGGACGAAACUUUGGCGCAUCCGACGAACCAUAAAUCACAGACACAGUAAAUGUUAAAGUUUACAAACUCUUCAUUCACGUUUGGAUUCCUGUGCCCAGAUGGACCAGCAGGACCAGUCCUAUAUGUUUGCAAGUCUCACGCGACCUCACUCGGAGCAGCUGCUGCAGGGCCUCCAGCUCUUGCGGCAGGACCAUGAACUGUGCGACAUCGUCCUUCGCGUGGGUGACGCCAAGAUCCACGCCCACAAAGUCGUGCUGGCCAGCAUCAGUCCUUACUUCAAGGCCAUGUUUACCGGUAACCUUUCGGAAAAGGAGACCUCCGAGGUGGAAUUCCAGUGCGUUGACGAGACUGCCUUGAAGGCUAUUGUGGAAUAUGCAUACACUGGCACCGUGUUUAUCUCCCAGGAGACAGUUGAAUCUCUGCUGCCGGCUGCUAAUUUACUCCAGGUUAAGCUUGUGCUAAAGGAGUGCUGUUCCUUCUUAGAGAGCCAGCUGGAUGCUGGAAACUGUAUAGGUAUUUCCCGCUUCGCAGAGACUUACGGCUGCCAUGACCUUUGCCUGGCUGCGACCAAGUUCAUCUGUGAGAACUUUGAGGAGGUUUGCCAGACGGAGGAGUUUUUUGAACUGACGAGGGCAGAGCUGGACGAGAUCGUGUCUAAUGACUGUCUCAAGGUGGACACGGAGGAGACCGUGUUUUAUGCCCUGGAGUCGUGGAUCAAAUACGACGUGACGGAGAGACAGCAGCACCUGGCUCAGUUGCUGCACUGCGUGCGCCUUCCUCUUCUCAGCGUUAAGUUCCUCACUCGCCUAUAUGAAGCCAAYCACCUUAUACGAGACGACCAUGCAUGCAAGCACCUGCUCAACGAGGCUCUUAAAUAUCAUUUUAUGCCUGAGCACAGACUUUCUUAUCAAACUGUGCUGUCAGCACGGCCCAGGUGUGCCCCGAAGGUACUGCUCGCAGUCGGAGGCAAAGCUGGACUGUUUGCAACAUUGGAAAGCAUGGAAAUGUAUUUUCCUCAGACAGAUUCGUGGAUAGGACUGGCCCCUCUUAGCGUUCCCCGUUACGAAUUCGGGGUGGCAGUGCUGGACAACAAAGUGUACGUGGUGGGAGGCAUCGCCACGCACAUGAGGCAGGGCAUUAGCUAUCGGCGACACGAGAGCACGGUGGAGAGCUGGGACCCCGAGAGCAACACGUGGUCCUCGGUAGAGCGCAUGGCGGAGUGCCGCAGCACGCUCGGGGUGGUGGUCCUAGCCGGGGAGCUGUACGCGCUGGGUGGCUACGACGGGCAGUACUACCUUCAGUCUGUGGAGAAAUACGUCCCCAAGCUGAAGGAGUGGCAACCCGUGGCUCCCAUGACAAAAUCCCGCAGCUGUUUUGCCACUGCUGUGCUGGACGGCAUGAUCUAUGCUAUUGGAGGUUACGGCCCAGCACACAUGAACAGUGUGGAGAGGUAUGACCCUAGCAAGGAUGCCUGGGAAAUGGUAGCCCCCAUGGCAGAUAAGAGGAUUAACUUCGGUGUGGGCGUCAUGCUCGGCUUCAUAUUUGUGGUGGGAGGACACAAUGGAGUGUCCCACCUGUCCAGCAUUGAGAGGUAUGAUCCUCAUCAGAACCAGUGGACGGCCUGCCGGCCUAUGAAUGAACCUCGAACUGGUGUGGGCUCUGCCAUUGUGGACAACUACCUCUAUGUGGUAGGAGGCCACUCUGGGUCAUCCUAUCUGAACACCGUGCAGCGCUACGACCCGAUCUCAGACAGCUGGUUGGACUCGAGCGGCAUGAUGUACUGUCGUUGUAACUUUGGUCUGACGGCUCUUUGACCCUUGGCAAGGCCAGCCAGGACCCAGUAAAACAACUUUAGACACAAAGACUUUUCUUUUUUUUUUUUGUUGUCUGCUCCUCUGUCCCUCACGUUCAUUCUCCAGGUGCAGACGCUCUUUUAGCUGCACGCCUGUAGGAACAACAGAGGGCUUACUGGUGGGGGGUGGAUGUGUACGGCUAGCUGGCUGGCUGGUUAGAGGUGCCCUGCAUGGCUGCAGAGGAGAGGAGGAAGAGCAUUAAGAUAAGGCAAAUAAACGUGGAAAACCUUCGGCGCAGGCUGUAGAGACGACCGCUCCUCCGCUGCCGGACCACUAUGACUUUGAGCCAUGUUUCAGAAGAUUGUGGGAAAAUGUUUCAAAGCUCUGUUACGUUAGCAGAUUUUUAUUUUUUAUUUUUUGUUUCGUCGUUAGGUUUCAAGCUUAUCUUUAGUUUUUUUGCUGCAGUCAAAUUUCUGUGUUCAAACGUAGAACACUGCAGUUUGCUUGUGUCUUUGUAAGAGUAUGUGGUGUCGGAUGUGUAGUGUGUAUAAUCCAGGGGUACGUGCAUGUCAGAUAGGACUGUUUGUUUUGUUACGUGUCUGCGUGCGGAACUGAUACUCGAGCUCAGUGCCGCAAAGAGUUUUGCAUCCAAAUCAGUGCUUCUCAAAAAAAAAAAAAAAAAAGAAGAAGAAAAAAA